AUGUUGCUAAGUUCAUCAUUUGUUUCACUUCCUAGUUUCUUCAAACCUCAACUACCAAAAACUAAUCUUCCUAGUUCAAAUGGUUCUCUCUUUCCAUGUUAUGCUACUAGUUCAAAUAUUUCUCAAAGAAAAUCUGCCAAUUAUCAACCCAAUAUCUGGAAUUAUGAUAGUUUAUUAUCCUUAAAACACGAUUAUGCGGAUGUCAACUACGUAAAUAGGAGCAGAGAGUUGCAAGAGGAAGUAAGAAAGAUGAUCAAUGAUGAAAAUGUAGAAAUUUUAGAAUUAUUAGAAAAUGUGAAACGCUUAGGCCUUAGCUACCACUUUGAAAAGGAGAUAAUAGAAGCACUUGAUAGAUUUUUGUCUUUGGAAAAACAUGGCGAUAUAGUUAUUGAAAAAAGUCUACAUAAAACUGCCUUAAAAUUCAAACUUCUUAGAGAAUAUGGAUAUCAUAUUUCCCCAGAUAUUUUUGAGAAGUACAAGGACGACGAUGGAAAUUUUAAGGCAUGUCUUGUGAAAGAUAUUAAAGGAAUGUUAAGUCUUUAUGAAGCUUCGUUUAUGUCUUAUGAAGGAGAAAUAAUUUUGGAUGAAGCAAAUUCAUUCACAAGCUUCUAUCUGAGACGAGGACUUCAUGAUAAUAUAUCUGAUUUUCUCUUUGAACAAGUGAAUCAUUCAUUAGAACUUCCAAUACAUCGUAGAUUUCAAAGACUUGAAGCCCGAUGGUAUAUUGAGUCAUAUGAAAAAAGAAAGGAUGCAAAUAAAGUGUUGCUUGAAGCUGCUAAGUUGGAUUUUAACAUUGUGCAAUCAAAUCUUCAACAGGAUCUUAUAGAAAUGUCAAGGUGGUGGAAGGGAACGGGACUAGCUUCAAGGUUAGGCUUUGGUCGUGACAGGUUAAUGGAAUGUUUUUUUUUGUCUGUUGGAAUGGCACCCUUAGAUCCCAAAUUUAAUGAUCUCCGUAGAGGUUUAACUAAAGUGUUCUCUUUAAUAACUUUAAUUGAUGACAUUUAUGAUGUAUAUGGAACUUUAGAUGAAUUAGAGCUUUUCACAAGAGCAGUAGAAAGUUGGGAUAUUAAUGCAAUUAAAGUUCUUCCUGAAUACAUGAAGAUAUUCUUUUUAGCACUCUACAACACUGUCAAUGAAUUAGCGUACGACGCACUUAAAGAAACAGGACAUGAUAUCCUUUCCUACCUCGUCAAAGCUUGGUCUGAUAUGUUGAAAGCGUUCCUACAAGAAGCAAGGUGGUGUGAUGAUAAACACAUGCCAAAAUUUGAUGACUACCUCAAAAACGCAUCGGUGUCUAUCUCCGGUGUUGUUUUACACACCCAUUCCUAUUUUCUACUGAAUCAUACCAUCACAAAAGAAGGACUUGAGUAUUUGGAAAAUUUCCAUAAGGGCUUACAGAGACCAUCCAUUAUUUCUAGACUUUGCAAUGAUUUCGCAACUUCAUCGGCGGAGUUUCAAAAAGGUGAAACAACAAAUUCUAUUAUGUGCUACAUGAAUGAAAAUGGUGUUAGUGAGGAGGUCGCUCACACACACAUCCAGGAAAUACUUAAUGAAGUUUGGAAGAAGAUGAACAAAGACCAAAUUAUGGAUUCAACUCUUCCAAAAUAUUUUUUAGAAACAUUAAUCAACCUUGCUAGAAUUUCUCACUGCGUGUAUCAAUAUGAAGAUGGGCUUGGAGCACCAAAGACCAUAGUAAAGAAUCAAAUAAUGAAGUUAAUACUUGAACCUAUUAAUUAA